GUUAACUACUGUUUGUCUGUAGGAGCCUUCCCCACUGUGUGGUGUGAAAUGCGAGCUAUUCCCUCCCCUGCUCCCCUGGCUCUAGGUCUGAAGUGAUUGAAGAACAGGCUCCUCCUCCUUCUGGUGACUGAACAGGGUCAGCGUUGUUUAUAGUGGUGUGUCCUGUCCCCUACCAGUCCUCUUCUGCUCCCAGAGAGAGUUUCUGCUUCUGCUGGAGUGUGUGAAUGUGUUCAGGCUUAUGUGUAUUCUUCCCUGGAGCAUUUUCUUGCUUUACAGCUGCAUUUACUCAACAGUUGAUAUUCAACAGAGAAAAUUACAUUGCCCAUAAUUCUGUGAGAUAUUGGAAGCCAACCAAAUGGCAUCUGCUACUACUGUGCCUGUUGGUUUUCACUAUGAAACAAAAUAUGUUGUCCUCAGCUAUUUGGGACUCUUGUCACAGGAAAAGCCUCAAGAGCAGCACUCUCCGCCAACUCAAGUGACUGAUCCAUCUGUGGUCUCACAAGCUUUAGAUAAGGAAGUCCUGGAGAAAGUUAAAGCAGAAAUUGAGGAAGAAUUAAAAUGUCUUGAUGAAGAAAUUUUGGAAGCUUUUACCAGCACAGGCUUUGAUUGCCACACAUCUCCAGUAUUCAGUCCUGCCAACCCAGAAACUUCAAUAGAAGAUUGCUUAGCUCAUCUUGGACAGAAAGUAUUUGAAGAACUGAAAGAACCUCUUCAAAAGGCAUUAGAGACCCUACUUAGCAAACCAGUGACUUACAAGGAGUACAAGGAAAGGACACAGGAGGCAGCAGCUCAUGCCAGUGGAUGGAGCAAGGUUUUAGUGCCUCUGGUGAUUCUUCAGAGAUUCCUAAUGGAACUGACAAGACGGGGCCAAGAGCCACUUGGUGCAUUGCUGAAUUUUGGAGUGACGUAUUUGGAGGAUUAUGUUGCAGACUAUAUCAUCCAGCAAGGUGGAUGGGGUACUGUCUUUAGUUUGGAUUCUGAAGAGGAAGAAUACCACGGAAUUAUUGCUGAAGACAGCAAUGACAUUUAUAUCCUAACUAGUGACAACUCAGGCCAGGUGAGCCCUCCUGAGUCACCCACAGUAACAACAUCUUGGCAGACAGAGAGCUUGCCAGUUUCUUUAUCAGCAAGUCAGAGCUGGCAUACUGAGAGCUUACCUGUCUCAUUGGGGCCUGAGUCGUGGCAACAAGUGGCUAUGGAUCCUGAAGAAGUGAAGAGUUUGGACAGCAAUGAAGGCGGAGAAGAAAGGAGCGAAAACAAUUCUUCGAACUCAGAUAUUGUACAUGUUGAAAAGGAAGAGAUACCAGAAGGGGUUGAGGAAACAGUAGUGGCUCUGCAGACUGACACUACAAAGCUGGAUUCCCCAGAAGCUCCAACUGUAUUGCUGAAGUUGGAGUCAGGAGCUGAAAUUGUGUCUGUUAAAAAGCCAAGCCCCUCUGCAACCUCACAUAUGGAACACCAGAAAGAGGGCAAAGUGGUGGAGUUGCUAGAAUCUGAAACUCCAGUGAUGAGUAAACCUGCCCAUCAGUUAACUUCUUCAGAAGAAAAGGCUACUCCCAAACCUGAGAGAAUACUGCCUCCAGAAGAAGAAAUAAAGGCAGGGAAGGAGAGCUAUUCUAAAGAAAAAGAAGAGAAGUCCCCUGCUGGAGAGGACAAACCCAUCCUCUUGCCAGAAGGCAAAUCAAUUCUAUUAUAUGGUGGGGCAGCUGCAGUGGCCAUCCUAGCUGUAGCAGUGGGUGUAGCACUGGCAUUGAGGAAGAAGUAGUGAACUCCUCUCUGCAAGGAGGUAGCACCUGGAUCUACACUUAGUUGCAUUGACUGAGGGUUGUGCUUCCUGCUGUUAAUGGGAAAUUCAUGUAAGUGAAAGGGUGAUGGGGCAAGGGUACACUAUAAGGCUAAGCCUAGGGACAAUCGCGGUGUUAGUGGACUGGUAUUGGAUUUUCCUGUUUAACAUAUAGGGGUGCCAUUUUGAAACCCCCUACACAUUUAAUAUCUAAGUAUAAUUGAGAAAUGGGGGGGCUUUUACACUGGAAACUGGAACAGAAAAUUCCAGGGGAAUGGGAGAGUUUGUUGUUAUCCCCUGGAGAUUUCCCUUGCAUAGCUGCUAUUGUAGCUUCUUGGUUCCCCCUCAACCUUUUGAAUGAGAGGUUCUUCAAUCCUGUAGCAUGAGGCUGGUAUCUCUUUGUCUCUGCUUCCUCAGGUACUGCACUGCUCCUCUUGAUCUCCCACUUCUCUUUUAAACCCCAGUGGGGUAGUGCUUAUUCAAUACCUCUUUGCUCUAUACCUUUUCUGCUCCCCAAAACUUUACCUUUAACUAAAUUCUUACAGCUUGUUAAUUUUGGGUGGAUAAAGCAAUAUUCUCCCAUGUAGGGAUGAAAUUAUAAUAGUUUGAUGGAAAACAUAGAUAUUCUUUGAUCACUAUGUGCAUCUGUCAUUUUCGUGAUCUUGGCUGCUGUUGUGAUUUCUCUCUCCAUCUGCCCUUUAAAUUCAUCCUGCUUUAUUGUAUUUGUUUAGUUAUCAGAGACACCUUCCUUUCAUUUAGGUACCUGUAUCAUUUUGAUGAAAGAUAAACACAAUAUUACUGUCCAGCAAAAAAAUCUAAUGUGAGGCUGAGAGCUGAACUAGUUCCACUUGCGAAGUACAAAUUUAAGUAUUUUCUUUGGCCAUCUCUCCUUUGUUCUGUGUUUGCACAAAUUCAAGGAUGAAAUCCACUUAGCCUUAAAUUGACCUGGAUCAUUGAUAAUGAACUAAAUGGAAGGUCUUCAAAGAAAUUAAUUCAGGUGGUUCAACCUAAACAGUGUUGUGCUAUACCUUGCAGUUAUUUGCCUGGUUCCUGGCCGUAGAGCAAGUCACGUAAACUUUCCAGGUAAUUGCCAUGUGCAGAAAGUUUAUUUUUAAUCCAGUCAACUGUAAUGUGACCCCGAGAAGAGUGAAAUCAGAUCUAUUUUGUGUGUGUGUUGGAAAUGAAAUUUAAAUAUUACCACUCUGCCAGUGUUUAUCAGAUCUAUGGAAAGAAAACACUGCUGUCUUUCAAGAGAUUGUUGUGAUUUGGUUGGGAUAGAGAUGUACUGAAAAUGCUGACUUAAGUGAAAACCAAAGUUAAAAAAUGAUUUUCCAAACUUCUUUUAUUAAUCCAUGGGCUUUUCCAUAAUAGACACAUUCUCACUACUCUCCUCAUAACUUUCCUAACCAAAUUAUGCCUGUUGGUUCCGUCCCCCACCCCAGUUCCUAAUCGUGAUAUGAUUACCUGGUAUAGCAACCAGGCAUAUCCUUAUAUAGUGCUCUUUAGGAAUCUGACAAGUGUUGAGUAGUGGUUUUUUCUUGUUGCUUGCCAUAGCUGCCUUUUCCAGUUACCCCAUGCAGAUCAGAUGAUCAGGAAAUUCCUCAGAUUCAUACAAUCAUACAUCUUGAUCUAACUUUCAAUUCAUGUAAAUAUAAGAAUCAUAAUUUCAAAUUUUCACAUGUAUACUCAUCAUGUUGCAGUGGUGAUUUUGUUCUUCUCCAGUGCUUGCAUUAACAGCUGUUACAUUCUUGGGAUAAUGUCUUGGCACCAAGUGGCCUCUUCAUGAUUCUCUUUGUUGAAUCUUCUUGUUACAAAAUUGUUUAUGGCUAAAUUACCCUUUUUGGAAAAACAACACCGCAACUUCAAUUCAUUAUAAGUAUGUGCUUGUAAAUAGAAUAUACUCUCUUCCCACAAGAAGCAUCUUGUAGCCACUACCAGGCUAGUGGUACAAGGUAGGAAACUGCUACAAGCGUCCUACAUGUGAUAUAAGUAUGGGUAUGUAAUUAAGUAGAUGCAAAGACAAAGUAAGGAGAAGCAGCAAACUCCAAGAUUCUUGGAGCUUUAGCCUAGUUUCAUUUUUAAUUAUUCAUUUUAACCUUUUAAAAACUCAAAAUUCAUUAUUUCUUUAGUAGUAAUUUUGUAUUUAUCUCCAAAACUGCACAAAGCUGGCCGCAUGGCUCAGGGUAGUUUUGAUUUACAUUUCAUGAGAGAUACUUGCCAUUCUUGACAGUCUGCAUUUCUAUUUACCAUAAAACUGGCUUCUUUACUAUAAUGCUUGGGCAAUCAGGAUCUCUUGAUUGUGGUAAAAGUAACUGCAGUCAGCAGAACCUUUAGCACAGUAGCCAAGUUGAUGAGGAUUUCGUUCUAAUGAUUGUGAAGUUGGUAGCAGUAUCUUCACACAGAUUUCAUGGUAGCAGACCUAGUUUUACUAUCGGGUAUACAUUUGAGAGGAGCCACUGCCAAUCUCACUUCCUUGGUGAGUAUGCAUGUACAAUGCAUGGUAUCUGUAAACAUUUAGCUUCCCACUUUAUGCACACCUAAAAAUGUAAUAUGUGAAGUGUCCUGUGGGAUAUGGAAAUCUUUGCUUUGAUUCAGCAGGCUGGAAACUUUGCCAUGGUGGUUGGGAGUUGCUGGUUAGGUAAUUUCCAAUGCUUUUUUUCUAGUUUUGUUAUCCAUUUUCCAUAAUAAAGUGCCUCAGUGUGUUCCA